AUGAACGGAUUAUUUAGAAAGAACCCUCCAAAACCAAAAUAUGCCACGACAUGGAACACAGACACCCUGAGGGAAUACUUGGCCAAUCGCCCCAAGAUAGCUCUCCUUGAACCAGAAGAACUGGAAAGGAAGACAAUCAUCUUACUAGCCCUAUGCUCGGGUAGGAGAGUCUCAGAAUUAACAAAUCUGAAUCGAGAUGAUAUCCUGGAAACGGAAUCUAUGAUAUCGAUACCAAUCAACUAUCGAAAUAAAAACAGGAGCAAAGGCGCACCACAUAUGAUCCACUUGGCUCAAGCAGAGGAGGAAACUCUUUGUCCAGUGAAACAUAUUAAUGCAUACCUCAACUUAACAAAAGAAACCAAGUGUGAGAAGUUGUUUAUUAACCGAAAGACAGGAUCCCCCCUAUCAUCGGCAACGCUAGCUCGCUGGAUCAAAGAACAACUGAGUGCAGCAGGUAUCUCAUCCAACUUCUCAGCUCACUCUAUUCGAGGAGCAGUUGCAACCAAAGCAACAUUCAAAGGAAUGAGUGUGGACUCACUAAUGAAACAACUUAACUGGAGAAGCAAACGAACAGUCGAACGAUUCUACCUUAGACCCGAAGCUUUACAAGAGUCGAUUCUACUUUGA